AGUACGGAGUCUGCGAGAACUUACGGAAGCUGGAGAUCACGGGAGUGUCCUGUCGAGAUGUCUACGCCAAACGUAUAAACCCGCGAGUGAAGUCGGGGCGUUUUAUGAAAAUCCUUCCCGACUACGAGCACAUGGAGUACAGAGAUGUUUACACCUGCCUGCUGCACCGGUAUCGACAUAUCUUGGGCUUAUGGCAGCCGGACAUUGGGCCGUACGGGGGACUGCUCAAUGUGGUGGUUGAUGGCUUCUUCAUAAUUGGCUGGAUGUACCUGCCCCCUCACGACCCUCACGUCGACGAUCCGAUGAGGUUCAAGCCCCUCUUUAGGGUUCACCUCAUGGAGAGGACUUCCGCAACCGUGGAGUGUAUGUAUGGCCACAAGGGACCCCACAGCGGCCAUAUUCAGAUUGUGAAGAAGGAUGAGUUCUCGACAAAGUGCAACCAGACGGAUCACCAUCGAAUGUCAGGAGGGAGGCAAGAGGAAUUCCGGACGUGGCUGAGGGAGGAAUGGGGCCGGACGCUGGAAGACAUCUUCCAUGAGCACAUGCAAGAGCUUAUCCUGAUGAAGUUCAUCUAUACCAGCCAGUAUGACAACUGCUUGACGUACCGACGCAUCUACCUCCCUCCGAGCAGCCCCGACGACCUCAUCAAGCCAGGCCUCUUCAAAGGGACGUACGGGAGCCACGGCCUUGAGAUCAUCAUGCUGAGUUUUCAUGGGAAGAAAGCCAAGGGGACAAAAAUAACAGGUGAUCCCAACAUCCCAGCUGGUCAGCAGACUGUGGAGAUAGACCUUUUGCACCCCAUCCAGCUGCCUGACAUUGAGAACCAGCACAACUUCAACGAGCUGUCCCGCAUCAUCCUCGAGGUCCAGGAGCAAGUGCGCCGGGAGCAGCAGCAGGAGGAGGAGGAGGGUGCAGGCUGCUCCCGGCAGAGCGCCACGCCACAAGCGGAGCAGCCUGCACAGGAAGGAGACGCAGGAGCCGAAGAGACAGCGGACAGAGCAGGGGCUGCAGCCCAGGGCUCAGAGCCAGCUUCACAGCCUUUCGUGUUGCCCCUGGGAGUCGUAUCGCGGAACAAGGAUUACCCCCGGACCUGCCGAAUGUGCUUCUACGGCACGGGGCUCAUCGCCGGCCACGGCUUCACCAGCCCCGAGCGGACGCCGGGGGCCUUCAUCCUGUUCGACGACGACCGCUUCGGCUUCAUCUGGCUGGAGCUGAAAUCCUUCAGCCUCUACAGCCGGAUCAAGGUCGCGUUCCAGAACGCCGAGGCGCCCUCCCGGGAGGCUUUCGAGGAGAUGCUCAAGAACAUUCAGUCACUGGCUACUUGAGGGGCAGCCCCCAGGAGAGUGGGAAGGGCCUGUGAAGACUUCUGCUCUCCCCACCUGAGAAUGGGAUGGGAUGGGACGGGGACCCCUGGCCCUUGGUACCUCGGAACGAAAGCAUGCACUUUUCAGUAAGGCCUUCUCCCCCCUCCUCAAACCUCCAACCCUCCCCCUCCCCAUAUCCUAUUUAAAAUAGACCUGAAAUAUCCCUCCCCCCAACUUGUUCCUGGCAGUACUUGAUAGUCGGUCUGUAACGCAGCCAUGGAUAAUGGGAAGCAAUGGAGUGUGUUUGCUUAAAGAGAAUGGACUGGAGGGAAGCUAGGUGGAGCCCCGCAUUGGAGGGCCUUGUAAAUACAGAGGUGGCUAAUCCCGUGCCCUGCUCCAGGGAAGCAGGGUCCUCCUCCAGCCAAGCGCAUCCUUCAACAUCUCUUUCCCACCUCCCCAUGCACGAGGUCACAGAAGAUUGGAUCACUUAAAACCCCUCCCACGUGGCCCCCACCUGCCCGCUCUGUAUCGUGCAGUCCGGGCUUGGCUCGUGUUCGUCCUCCCCUCUGGGAGCCUCCCUCUGCUGUGCACGGCCUUGAUAGCAAAGCAAGCCAGCUCCACUGUGGCUUGGUGAUGGCAGCAGGCUUUUCCUCGCUGAGAAUCCCUCACGCCGGCCCCGCGGGAGGGACUCAGUCGCUGCGCAGGUAUCCUCUCUCCGCCUUCCUCGCUCCAGUUCAGUCUCUUCCACUGUCGGAAGGAGAAAUCAUCUCUCCCCUUAUUACAAGCACUGGGAACAGCUCUUGGCGCCAGUUCAGGCUGUACUUUUAACUCCUUUUUAAGUAGAUCUGUUAAAAGUUCUCCCUUUAAAGAGCUUGGGGAGAAACACCUCAACCCCAUGAACUACUGGCUUCCCCUGUGUGUGCUUGAGGGCUGGCAGAGCUGGGAUGUGGAGUUUCCUGCUGUUGCCUGGUAUCUUAGGCUGCUCUCACCCUUCCCCGCGCCCUGCCCGGGAUUAGUUAAGAGAUCUCUUGAGGCUGUGAUUCCUUAUGGUGCCGCUCAUUGGCUCCCUCCUCUUUGGAUCCAGCAAGUACUCGGGUGUUGGUGCCUCUGCCUCGUGUGUUUGCCCGUCUGGGUUUCUUGCGUUCUUUCCUCUACUACAGUCACUGAUCUUCCCAGACUCUGGUCUGCCUCUGCUACAGGAGACUUGCCCACAGCAAUUCGGGAAUGCAGCUGCUGAGCUCCGCUGGGAAGCACAGGUAGGAGAGGUAGAUGCCCAGAGCACCGACCAGCUGCAAAAGCUUCCACCACGAGACGGGGCGCUGGGGUGGCCGGAUUUGUGUCUUGACCCAGGCAGGCAGUUGUGGUCCAUGCCUGUCAUUAGAGACCCUCAUGAACCAAGCAGUGCAGCAGGUGACGUGCCAGCCAAAGCAUCUUUUGGCAGAUGAUAAGGACCUUUAAAACCUUAUAGACUCCCAUCUGGGCUCUUCACCUUCCACGGAUAGUGUUCGUAAGUGGUUAUGCACGAUCUAGUGGUACGUUAAAGCAAAAGAUGAGAUCCGUGGCCUGUUUCAUUAACAGGAAACGUAUUCCCCCUCACCUAACAUUAAUGUUCUUGCUGAGGCUGCUUCCCCAGCCUUCAUAUCCUCAUCCCAUGCUAUGUGAGAGGAGUUGGGGACAGGCUCGUGGUGGGGUGCAUCACUUGCAGGGCUGAUCGUCUCCUUGGAUCUAAGUCCAUGACACUGCACAGAUCAGGGAGCUCUGGGCCCAUCUUCCUCCCAACCUGACAUACCUUAAUGUUCCCUGGGCCAGGGCAGGGGUAGUCAUUCAUGGGAAUAAGCUAUCAAUUAAGCUGAUUUAAUGCAGCCCUUGAGAAGGGUGGGCGUUUCUCUUAGCAGAAGGGAGAGUUGGUUUGCAUGGCAUCCCGGUACAAAGGCUUUGACUCAGCGACAGGAUGUUUUUUGUUGGUCUCUGGUGCCUGGCUGCUGUGGGCUGAGGUAGGGUUAAAAGGCAGGCUCUUCAAUCUUGGCUCUGAAUUUCCUCUCUUUCCUCCAGGCGGGAGGCUCAAAUCCAUGUUCCAAAGCCCACGUGAGAAAUGAGCUGGAUAUUGUGGGCAGGUGCAAACGUCUGGGCUAACCGGGCAUCUGCAAAUGGCAGUAGCCCCUUGGCCUUUGCGUAGCCAUCUGACAGGCAGAACUUCCACCGGGACCCUACCUUCGCACGAGCGAUCCAGUCUUUAGCCUGACUGAAUCCUCUUGGUUGUUUCUACAGCAGCCCUUAACCCAACCUGCAUCUAGGGCAAUACGGGUGCUUCGCCGGAGGGAUUCCCGACUCCCCGGUGCUCUGUCCUGUCCCUGUUAGCCGGCCUCGUUGCAGCCAAAUGAAUGAUGCACGCUGCGUACUCAGCUGAAUGUGCACAAGCCACUGAUAUUUAUUAAAGCGGAUCUGGGUUGCAACUGCUGCUUACGCUGCCCGGUAUUUCAGAGUCUGCUGCCCCAGAGCACCAGGCAGGAGAAGGGCAGGGGCCUUUCAUGGUGCACUGAACACGGGCUGCAUCGUUGCUUACAUUGGUGUAUGCCCAGCAGCGGCUGGUUUCCAGGCCAGUGCGAUUCCUUUGCUCAGACCAUGUUGCUGCAUCCAGUUUUAGUGGCGGUGUGACUAAGGUGACAGCUUUUCAGAGCUGUCCCUGCCUUUUAGGAAGCUCCUUUUCUUUGCAGGCUGCUUGAAUGGGCUUCACAACGUGGGGAUGCCCCUGUCCUGGUGAAAGGCCAGGCUGCCAGCCCUUGUUCUGCCAGGGGAGUAGAUGCUGAAAUUGGACGGAGCUGUGCUUGCGGUGUCUCGGGGUGUUUCAGAAGCUUCAGCCUGGUGAGAACAGGACGGCUGGUAGGGUACGGAGACCGAUGAGGCGUUGGGAGCAUCAAAGAAAGGUAGAGUAAGGGAAAGUCAAGGGUUGGACUUAGGCAGGACAGGGGGAAGAGGUUUAGGACUAUAUGUGUGUGUGUGUGUGUACGUGGCUAUAAAAAUGGCAGGAUUAAUGCACCUUGUUUUGUUGGGUGAUGACUUGAAGCCAGAUCUUGCCGGUCAUGGAAAGGGUCCACAACACCAUCGUGCUUCCUCUGCGUGUGAAGCAACCGUCGGGUUACCUCCUGCUUCAGACUGACUGUAACGUGCCCUGUGAGGUGAAGCAGUACAGCACACGUCCUGUCAGCUGCCUCUAGCCUAAUUGUGCCAACCCAGCGGCGUAGUCACUAAUCGGGGAAUUUUGGGAGGACACGGGUCCAAUGCUUGGUGUGUGAAGUUGAAGCUAAUCCACCACUUGCCCCCAGCAGGCCAGGUGUCCCUGAGACCGGCUGUGACGGGUUCCUUGUAACUAGCAGCAGGGCUGGAGAAAGAGGUGCAAGACUAGUCCUACGGCGGAGCGGAAAAUGAUGCAUCUGAUGUCCAAAGGAGCUGAUUGUUCCCAUCCACCCAGAACUGAAGACCAUACGGAGGGAGUUGCGUGUCUCACAGCUGCAUGUACUCGAUGGUUCUCCAGCAGCAGCCGAGCGACUUCGCUCCUAGCAAGCAGGGGUCUCGGUCAGCUCCUCACUUUGACCAUUGCUUCCCAGCUGUUGAGGCAGCUGUGUGACUGAAGGCCAGGCGGUGGCAUGAUGCUGGGCACCCUGGUAGCACCCUGUCAGCUAGGGGUAGAAGGAGGGGAUAUACCUGCAAGGACCCAUUUAGGAAAUAGUGUCACGGCGGUGCUAAGAUCAGCUGUGCUCACCAGGAACACGGGCAGGAAGAAGUGUGAUCCUACACCGAGCUCUGAAGCUGGCCUCUCGCCCUUCAUCCAGCUCCAGGAGCUG